CCACACCUGGCCCUGCUCUUCCUCUUCCGCUGCCAUCCUGAGGGGAGCAGCCGUAGCAGUUCGGGGGUUGCUGUAAUCUGGCUCCAUCUGGCUCCAUCCUGCCCUGGGGUGCUGCAGGGCACUUGUAAGAACUGAGCUCCAAGGAUGGUGCGCUACUCACUGGAUCCAGAGAACCCCACCAAGUCAUGCAAGUCCAGGGGCUCCAACCUGCGUGUGCACUUCAAGAACACUCGUGAGACUGCCCAGGCCAUCAAAGGCAUGCAUAUCCGCAAGGCCACCAAGUACCUGAAGGAUGUGACCCUGAAGAAGCAGUGUGUUCCCUUCCGUCGCUACAACGGAGGAAUUGGUAGAUGUGCCCAGGCCAAGCAAUGGGGCUGGACACAGGGACGCUGGCCCAAGAAAAGUGCAGAGUUCUUGCUGCACAUGCUCAAAAAUGCAGAGAGCAAUGCUGAGCUUAAGGGUCUCGAUGUGGAUUCUCUGGUGAUUGAGCACAUCCAGGUGAACAAGGCUCCCAAAAUGCGCCGGCGCACCUACAGAGCUCAUGGGAGAAUCAACCCCUACAUGAGCUCCCCCUGCCACAUUGAAAUGAUCCUCACCGAGAAGGAGCAAAUUGUUCCCAAGCCAGAGGAAGAAGUUGCUCAAAAGAAAAAGAUAUCCCAGAAGAAGCUGAAGAAGCAAAAGCUGAUGGCUCGGGAGUAAAUCUGACACAACAGACGUACAUAAAUAAAGUUUAAAAAAAAAA